AGAGAGCCGGUACCGGGGUGUUUGUGUGGGGAAGGGGGGGGUGAGGGUCAGCGCAGCACUUCGCCUCCGCCAUGGGGAAGUCGGAUUUCCUCAGCCCCAAGGCUAUCGCCAACCGCAUCAAGUCCAAGGGGCUGCAGAAGCUGCGCUGGUACUGCCAGAUGUGCCAGAAGCAGUGCCGCGAUGAGAAUGGCUUCAAAUGUCAUUGCAUGUCCGAGUCCCACCAGAGGCAAUUGCUGCUGGCUUCUGAAAACCCUCAGCAAUUCAUGGAUUACUUUUCUGAGGAAUUCCGAAACGAUUUCCUAGAACUGCUCAGGAGGCGAUUUGGAACAAAGAGAGUCCACAAUAAUAUCGUGUACAAUGAAUAUAUCAGUCAUCGAGAGCACAUCCACAUGAACGCCACGCAGUGGGAGACACUGACUGAUUUUACUAAAUGGCUGGGGAGAGAAGGUCUUUGCAAGGUCGAUGAGACUCCAAAAGGCUGGUACAUCCAAUAUAUCGAUAGGGACCCGGAGACUAUUCGCAGGCAACAAGAACAAGAGAGGAAGAAGAAACAGGACCUGGAUGAUGAAGAAAAAACUGCUAAAUUCAUUGAGCAGCAAGUUAGAAGAGGUUUGGAGGGGAAAGAACUGGAACAGCCGGUCUAUACUGAACUGAACAGAGAAAAUGAAGAAGAAAAAGUUGCAUUUAAUUUAAACAAAGGAGCAAGUACUUCAAUAGCAGCGUCUUCCAAAACAAGCAGUGUCCUUGGACCGAGUGCACUGAAGAUGGUGGAAGGGGCAGUUAAAAGAAAAGAACCAGCUCAUAGCUCUGGUCAGUCCAAAGAGAAAAAGAAGAAAUCUGCACUGGAUGAGAUCAUGGAGCUCGAAGAGGAGAAGAAAAGAACAUCUCGAAGAGACUACUGGUUGCAGCCUGAAAUUGUUGUAAAAAUUGUAACAAAAAAGCUGGGAGAGAAAUACCACAAGAAGAAGGCAGUCGUGAAGGAAGUGAUUGACAAAUACACAGCAGUUGUGAAGAUGAUUGAUUCCGGAGAUAAACUGAAGCUUGAUCAGACGCAUCUAGAAACUGUGAUACCAGCACCAGGCAAGAAAGUGAUGGUGUUAAAUGGUGGCUACAGGGGAAACGAAGGCAUCCUGGAAUCGAUCAACGAAAAGAGGUUUUCAGCGACGAUAAUCAUCGACUCUGGACCUCUAAAAGGACGCCGAGUGGAAGACAUCCCGUACGAAGACAUUUCCAAACUCGCCUGAGGCGCUAAUCACAGGAUCAGAGAGGAUUUUGGUUCCCAAAACCAUCUUUCUGGCACCUUGCAGGCAGACACAAGACUCUACCAUGUCAGGGUUUUAACUGUGUGUGUGUGUAUGUAUGUAUACAUAAUGUAUAUAGAAAUUAGCCACAAGCAAAGAGGGGAUUUAUUUAAAGAUCACUGUGCAUUUGUUACAUAAAGUGUUUGUGGAAACCUUAUCGGUGGAAAUAUUUUCAUCUGAUUCUGAAUCAAAGUCAGGGGAUGAUAUUUGGUUGGAUUUCCUUUUGUAAAAUACAGCAGGUAACUGCAAGUUGGAGCAUUUUAUUUUCUGAAGAACGUUAGGAGUUCCCUAAGAGAGAGAGUUCCCUGCAAAGAGCUGCUUGAAGCAGGCAGAGGGUGUGAGUUUAAACAACCCACUUCUCAAUCCGCAGCCAAAACUGAGUUGUGGCUGCAGGAACAAGGAAAGGAUUAGGAGAAAGGUGGGAAGGGAAUGGUGCUCCAAGGGAUUAUUUCCUUGGAUUUUUUUAAGAAUGGUCUGGUUUAUUCAGUGCUGUCACCAACGUGACACGUCAGCGACAGCAGAACCCAAGUCAUCGCUCCUCCAUCGUCCUGUUUGUCAGGGUUCCUAAUAAUGACCUUAUGCAAUUUAUCUUCCUGUGGACUCCAGGUUGGAUGUCACUGCUGGGGCUCUGGCAGAGCCAAAGUGUGUGCAGAUACAAAUUGGUGAUUGCUGGUUGGGUUUUCUGGAGUCUUUUCCAUUCUUUGUGCUUCCAUUGUUGCCGUGUACAUGAGUUGGAUUAAUCAUCCUAAAUGAUGUGAUGUUACUUCUUUAUUUUUUUUAAAAAAAAUGGCACAUUUUGUACAAUGUUUAAUUUCUAAGGCAGUUUAGGAAUAAACGGAAACCUUUCUUAGGUCA